AUGGCACCUUUCGAGGCGUUGUACGGACGAAAAUGUAGAACUCCAGUGUGUUGGCUAGAAGCGGGUGAGAAACAGUUUGCUGGUCCCGAGAUUGUUCAGGAAACAACCGAUAACGUGAAGUGUAUUCGGGGACGCUUAAAGGCGGCUCAAGAUCGACAAAAGAGUUAUGCAGACAAGAGAAGCCGACCUAUGGAAUUCCAAGUGGGCAACCGUGUAAUGCUAAAGGUGUCCCCUUGGAAAGGCAUUACCCAUUUCGGAAAGCGCGGGAAGCUAAGUCUCCGAUUCCUUGGAUCGUUUAAAGUCCUGGCUAAGGUAGGACUCCAAGCUUACAGAUUAGAAUUACCACCUGAAAUGGCCGGAAUCCACAACACAUUUCAUGUGUGUUACCUACGUAAGUGUUUGGCCGAAGAGGAAAGUGUAAUACCACUUUCGGAAAUUCAUGUAGAUAAGGACAAUCGGUGCAUUGAAGAACCGGAAGCCAUCUUGGAAAGAAAAACCAAAGUAUUGAAGCACAAGGAGAUUAUCAUGGUUAAAGUUCAAUGGAAGCAUAACCGAGGGUCGAACGUAACGUGGGAAGCGGAAGAAGACUUGAAGAGGCGUUACCCUCGCCUUUUCGCAUGA